AAAAAUAAAUGUAGAAUUAAAUUAAGGUAGCACGGCAAAUUUACUAUCUCGCCAUAAUUAUGGUUUCUGGAUUAAAAUGUACGUUAAAUAUGUAUUCACAUGACAGUCGUGUUUAACUUACCUUCUUCAUUUUGUAAUUUUACUUAUAAAAGUUCUAAUUACAGAAUGUUAUUGUGUCUGUUACUAUAAAUACUGAUCAUUCAGCUUUUAGAUUUGCAUACCAAAGAACCUUUUGUAAGGAAUGAUAAGGUGUGAAGGCCAGGUUCACGGUAAGUUUAAAUAUGCUUGUGGCUAUCCUUGUGUUAUAAUAUGAUUUCGUGGUCUAGUGGUAACGCACUGGCAUCGCAACACGUGGGUGGCAGGUUCGAGGCCGCAUGAACUUUCACCAUAUAUGUAAAAGUAUUAUUUAUAAAUAUUCCUGUUACUUAUGCUUAUAAUAAUAUAUAUUAAUUAAUUAUAAUGCGACUAUUUUGACUAAAUAGUGUAUAAAGACGUAUUUAGCAAAACAAUCAUAAAAUCUAUUGAACAGCACUCUUCACAUGACCGAGUUGGGGCCAUAACUCGGAUACAGACAUCAACACUCUUUGGAAAGAAUUUAAGCAGUUCUGUAUUAACACCAUAAUACAACAUGUUCCAUCAAAAUGUGCAACACAACGUUACAACCAACCCUGGGUGAAUCGAAAGAUCAAGCGCCUAUCAAAACAAAAGAAGAGGGCCCUCAGGAGAUCCAAACAUACAGGGAAACCAGAAGACCUCACCCGAUAUAAACAGCUGCAAAAGACAGUCCAAUACGAGUGCAGACGGGCAUACAACACAUACAUCAGCGAUACUGCAUCUGCAGAUCGCAACCCUAAGAAGCUGUAUUCUUUCAUCAAAACAAGAAGAUGUGACAGCAGUGGUAUUGCCACCCCCCCCCCCCUUAAACAUGAAGGUCUCCUGCAUAACGACCCUAUGUCUAAGGCUGCAAUCUUGAAUGAGCAGUUUACAAGUGUAUUCACAGAAGAGGACCCAAGUAACAUUCCAAAGAUAAGCGGAACACCAUACCCAUCAAUGGCAACCUUCAACAUAGGAAUGUCAUCCCUACAAGGUUCCUACAAGAAUUUGCAAGCGAACUAUCACCUAUUGACCCUCAUCUUUCAGGCCUCAGUGUCACACACCUGUGCCUGAUGACUGGAAGCAGGCAUUGGUGGCGCCCAUAUUCAAGAAGGGCGACAAAAGCAUCCCUGCCAACUACAGGCCUAUCUCCCUCGCCUCUGUCUGCUGUAAAGUCAUAGAGCAUAUCAUUCACAGCCAGAUAAUGCAGCAUAUGGAAGACCUGAACAUAUUGUCAGACUCACAGCAUGGAUUCAGAAAGCGCCGGUCAUGUGAGACGCAGCUACUUCUGACCUUACAGGAAAAGGUCAGCACUUGAUAACGGUGAGCAGAUAGACGCCAUCUUACUCGACUUUAGUAAGGCGUUCGACAAGGUCCCACACGAACACCUUGCUGUGAAACUGAACCACUACAACAUCAAUGGAAACAUAAUCACCUGGAUCAGAAGCUUCCUAUCAAACCGAAGUCAACAGGUUCAGGUUGAGGGUGUACAGUCAAACCCAGCACCAGUGACAUCGGGUGUCCCUCAAGGCUCAUUGAGAGGACCCUUGCUCUUCCUGGUGUACAUCAAUGACAUGCCCUCCAAAAAUCCACAACAAGGCUCUUCGCGGAUGACAGUCUCCUGUACAGAAAGAUCAAGUCUCCAGAUGAUGCACAGAUACUACAGGAUGACCUCAAUGCCCUCCAAGAGUGGGAAACAACUUGGGAGAUGUCCUUCAACCCAGACAAAUGUGAGGUACUGAGGAUAACAAGAAAGCGAACCCCCAUACAAGCAGACUACAACAUCCACGGGCACCAACUAGCCUUAGCCAAGACAGGAAAGAACCUAGGUGUGACACUUGCCACCGAUCUUUUCUGGAAACCACACGUGGACAGCUGCACUAAGUCUACCAAUAACUCCCUCGCCUUCCUCCGCAGAAACAUCUCAAGCUGCCCUAAAGACAUAAAGCUGCAGUGCUAUAAGUCACUUGUCAGACCUGUCCUCGACUACGCAUCAGCAGCUUGGGACCCUCACACACAGACAUGUAUCCAACAGUUAGAGGCGGUGCAGCGAAGAGCAGCGCGAUUCAUCACAGGCAAUUACAGGACCACAAGCAGCACUAGCCAGAUGAUCGCAGAUCUUGGGCUACCUACCCUAGAACUCCGCCGCCAGCACUCAAAACUCCUGAUUAUGUAUCGGAUCACCUAUGGUCUUCUCGACAUUCCAGCAACCGAUCCCCUCCGGCGAUCGAUCACAUCUACACGAGCACAUGGACUAGAAGACAUGGAUGGUGCAGUGGUCCGGUACUGGAUACAGUACUGCAGGACAGACACAUACCGUCACUCCUUCUUCAUCUCCGGAGCUCGAUUGUGGAACCAACUACCAAAGCAGCUCACAGUUCUACAGACGCCAGAGUCAUUCAGGGAAGGACUGGCAGGCCUCCAAUUCAAACAUUGAGCCUUCCUGACUGUAAAUUAUUAUAAAUAUUAAAGGUUUUAUUUUUUAACUGCACUCUCACAAUCACCUUGUAAAUAAAAAAUGUACGAUUAUGCUCCAGAUCGAGUGAGAUUUGUACAUCACAUGGAAGAAGAAGAAGAUCUUGGUCCUCGAUUGAUGGUUUACGUUGACUGUCAAUAUUAUAGAUAUGCGACAACGAAGCCGAAAUUCGAUUGUAACAACAACAACAACAACAACAGUAUUUUUUUUAUUGAUACUGAUAGCAGAAUGUUAAAGUUUCAAGAUAACGUUACCAAAACAAGAUUUUUCACUUGUAUUGAAAAUGGAGACUUCAACUCAGUUGACAAGCUGCUCAAAAAUGAAGACUUUAAAAACUAUCUAGAAGAGAAUGAUCAACUUUCUUUGGCAUUCUUAAAAGUGAUAUUGCUCAACAAUAUCCCGCUGCUGGAUGUACUGAUUAAACAUGGAGUAGAUGUUAAUUUAUCUGAUUUUUCGUUUUCUGAAAAUGGUAUUAUGCAUGCAACCCGAUAUGGUCACAAGGAAAUACUUCUUAAGUUAAUUGACUAUGGUGUUAAUAUAAAUCACCAGAGUGCCAAUGGCUCAACUGCUUUACACGUUGCUGUGGAAAACAUGAAAAGAGAAUGUUUAAUCAUUCUUGCGAGACAGAACGGAAUUGACCUUAAUAUUCAGGACUGCGGAGGGUUUAGCCCUUUGCUCUGGACAGCAAGGCUUCGGGAUUGGCAAGCUAUGCAGAUAUUAAUAGAUGUCGGAUGUCAUAUUGAAAGUAAAGAUUUUGUUAAAGGGAUGACUGCUUUGCAUGUGGUAUGUGACAGUAGCACAGCGUUUUGGAAAGGAGAAAGGGCAACACCUUCUGAUACAUUGAAAUGUAUUAAACUUCUCACUUGUGCGGGCCUUGAUAUCAAUUCUGGAGAUGUUUUUAAUAACACUCCCCUGAUGUAUGCAAUCAGGACCCACAAUCAGGUUGCAAUAAAGCAUCUUCUUAAAAUGAACUGUAGCUUUAGAGCAACUCAAAGAGUUGGCUCUAGUUCUGCAUUGACACCAUUUUACUUCAACCAUAAUCUAGUUGGUUCUGAUUCGACAUUGCUUCCUUUAUAUCUGGCUUUAGCAAAGCUACAAACAAACACUGUAAAAAUGCUUUGUUUGGCUGGAAUAAGGUAUCACAGACUAGCUCAAGAGCCUGAAGUGACACAUUUCAUAAGCACAGCUUAUGAGCCUCUUGGUAAAGUAAUGCAUGAUCUUGUCUGCAAUCCCAUGUCUUUAAAACAGGCUUGCAGAUACACUAUCCGCUCGGCCUUGACCGUGGGUAUGGACAAAUUUGAACGAUUGAAUAUUGGACUUCCAGUGUCUCUUAUUAAUUACCUGUGCUUAAAUGAUAUUGAUGAUAUGUGAACGUAUUAAUCGUUUUUAUCUUUUUAUCAGGUACAUUUUUAGUGUUUAUCUGUUUGUCAAUUUGUGCAUAUAUGUCUGUUGUUGUUUUUUAAACAUAAGAGCCCAUUAUGAACCCAAUCUACAGGCAUAGUUGUCAUUCCUUGCUCUCACAUACAAUCUGCCAUCACAAGAAAAUCCUACCAUAUUUGGUAGGAUUUUAUUUUGUUGGUUUAAGUAUUAUAUUAUGAAAAGUAGUCUCAGUUUGUUUUAUAUUUUGAAAAUAGUGUAGAAGUUCAGGUUCAUGAUCAAACAUAAAUUACCUUAAUUAAAAAAAGUAAAAAUGAUAAAUUAUUGUACUGCGUCGCUAGGCUAUCAUCACAUGGUUGCUUAUGAAGGCAGGGAUUUUAUCUAGACAUGCUGGUUCCAGUCAUAUCUCUGCCCGGACGUAAUGAACUUUGUUAGACUAAGUUCUGUUUUUAGAAAGGAUUUUAAAGUUAUUUAGCUUGUUAAAAUAUUAUUAAAAUGCAGAAAUUACAAUUAUUGACAUGCAUUUGAACCAUUCCAAGGCAUAGCUUAUUUUGACUAUGGGGCCUGAUUUGAGCAAACUUGGCCAAUAAUCAAUGUUACAUAUAAAAUAUUACACCUAAGGGUCUUUGAAUUGCAUAAGACAUUGUAUGCGUGAAUUAAUCUCAGAUAUGUGACAAUUGGGCGAGGCAAUUUUUGACCUCGGUGGUAUGACUUAAACAAAUUGGGUAAAGUCCACUAUUAUUAAGGAUGUUAUAUGCCAAAUAAAUCACAACAUGUUUGAACAGUUAUUUUGAUAUUUAGGCCUAUUCAAAUUAUCUGUCCGAGGGGCAUGGCAAGUAUUGACAGGAGAGAAAUGGGACAAUAUUUGUAGAGGACCAUUAUAUGUAGUUAUAUGCUAAACAUUGAACAGUUUAGCCUUGAAGUUAUCGUAUUUUAAAUAAAUUGAUUCUUAACUCUGAUGACCAAUAUUUGCUGAGUUCGGAAGGAUUAGAAUAACUUUGAAAGAGGGUCACUUAAGAAUCAUUUGUUUGUGGUCUGGUGAAAAUCUACUAAGUAUUUAAGGAGAUAUCAUUCGAGGCACAUUAUUUACGACGGACAACACAUGAUGAUGACAACGGCCAAGGGACAGCCAUCUGAACAAUAAUUAACCUUGAGCAAAUCAAGCUCAGUUGAGCUCAUUAAAUCUUAUUUUAAGAAAUUGAAAGAGGAAAUAACACACGUCUCCAAUUGCAAUAUUUGUUUUACCAAAUAUAAUUAAAAUAAGUACAGGAAUAGGUAUAGAGGAUUUUAUAAAAUUUUCUGUUUAGCCAUAAAAGGAAAAAUGCCUGUCCCAGAUGGUCAUGUGUGUAAUAAAUGAACAUAUGUUUUUAGGAAUUUUAUAGGUGGUCACCCAAGGAACUUUCUUUUUAAAUUAUUAUGAAAUUCAAUGAAAAUUGUAUUUAAAAAUAUUGAAUCUGA